ACUCUAUCGCAUUGCUAUGGAAUAAAUUAAAUAAACAAUAAUUCCAUUAUGAUUGCGAUGGGAAAACACAGCGAGUUUUAUUUACAUUAUUCCAACCCUGCCAGCACUUGUCACUGUCAUAUAUUUCAGGCGCUCAUCACACUGAGCCAACUUCAUGCCACAUCACCAUCAUCCAAUCAAAGGAAAUGUAAGCAACAACACAGCGUAGAAGAAAGAAAAAACUCAGUCCAAUGCGAAGAAAAAUUCUGAUGGAAAAUUAGUGUUGAAAACAUCACGUCGUACAUUUUAUUAGUAGCACAUUAAAAGAAAACAAUCAAACCGUUUUGUUUAAUGUGAGUGUUGAAAGUGUGUUGAUUGCAUUGUGCAAUUUGGACAUCGAUUCAAUAAUGAUUGGUGCCGUGAAGCGAUUUUUUUUCACAUUCGAACAAGUCAAAAACGAAGCAAAUGAUUUAUAUUCUAUUUUUAUGCUGCUCUUAAUUGUCGGGCGCUCAUCAUCAUCAUCGUUUUGAGAGAUAAUACGGGAACAGUGUGUGUGUGCAUGUGAUAAAUUCGGCUACAAAACAAACACAAAUCGAGUCUGUUUUGAAAAGGCUGUCGAAAGAUUGAUACAGAAAUAUCGAGCUAAUUCUUGACGUAGAAUGCAAAAUUUCGAUUAAACCCAGUGUAUGAUUUGCAAAAAGGGAGAGAGAGAGAGAAAGAAAACCAAAGAUCUGGUUUAAUAAAUAUAGCCGGACUGUUACGAAAAGCGAGAGAAAAAAAAAACAUUCAUGAUUCUAUUGACACAAGUGCUUUCUAUGCCGACAGACACAAUAUUCAAGUAAAAUACGGCAAUUUUUCAUUGCUUGCUCCACAUUAUUUCCGCCAAUUUUGAUUGGUUUUGACAUUGAAAUCGUACGUGUGUACGUGUAUAAUAAUCGACUUGAGAAAACAACAAACGAACCGAGAGAGAGUGAGAGAGAUAGAGAGAGGGGAAAAAUUAAAUCCAAAGAGAGUAUCGGCAGCACGGCAUGGAUGACGAAUUAGAAGAUAAAAUCUUCUACCAGGCGUACAUGUCACAAAUGAGGUUUCUGUCGAAAUUUGCUAUGGGUAUAUCACCCUUGAACUCAACCAUGGCCUACAUUUGGAAACUGUUGCGUUUAUAUUGCAUGCGAACGGAGGUGAUUGUUUUUGCAUUGCUUUGCAUUGUCUUUGUGAGCUAUUUGCAUGUGCUGGAAUUGUGGAGUCAGAACGUAAUGCGACGUGUUGGUCAUCAUUUCGGUGUGCCGUUAUAUUCGCCGCGUAAUCGAGAUCGUACAUCAACACGGUCACCGGCCGAACGUAAUAGUUGGGAGGAAAUUCAUGAGUAUGGUGCUGUGUACGCGGUGCAGGGCAGACGUCCACGCAUGGAAGAUCGCUAUGUGAUGGCUUCCAACAUAAAAGGCACAGAUGUUACCAUAUUCACCAUACUUGAUGGACAUGGCGGUGAGUUUGCAGCUGUUUUUGCCAAAGAUCAAUUAAUGGAUCGACUGGGCAAGAAAAUCGAAGAAGCAAUCAAUAUCUCAGCCGGCAAGAUAUCACCGAUACCACGUCGACGAGGUUCAAUCUUACUCAAUCAUAUUGAACCAGUGCAAAGUGGCGAGAAUGAAGAGAAGAAAACCGAUGAACCGCCAAAAACACCUGUCUCACAACGACGAAAUAAAUUGAAAAAGGCACUGAGUCAAGAUGAUGAUUGCAAUCCGGCCAAAUCGAAUUGCAGCCAAGAACAAGAUUCGUUCCUCAGCAAAUUGAGUUCGAUUCGCCUGACAAAAGAGAGCUUCUUGAAAACAACCAAUAAAGCGGUUAAACCCGAAGAGCAUGACGCCGGCUAUUACGUAGAUAGGGAUAGGAAAAUUAAUUUCGGUAAAAUGGUUACGGAUCUCGUACUACUCACAGACUAUGAACUCGUUGAAAAGGCGAAGAAAUAUGAAAAUGUCGCCGGAUCAACUCUGCUACUUGCCGUGCUUUAUAAAACUCAAUUAAUCGUGGCGAAUGUUGGCGACUCCCGUGGUGUCAUGUGCGAUGGAAAAGGGAAUGUCAUCCCAUUGUCAUUCGACCACAAGCCACAACAAACCAGGGAAUUGAAACGAAUUCAGGAAGCAGGCGGUUUUGUGCAGUUCAAAGGAGUAUGGCGUGUGGCCGGCAUUUUGGCCACGUCACGUGCACUUGGAGAUUAUCCACUGAAAGAGAAAAACUUUGUCAUUGCUGAACCGGAUAUUUUGACAUUUGAGCUUAAUGAUCACAAGCCGAAGUUCAUAAUUCUUGCCUCGGAUGGUUUGUGGGAUACAUUUUCGAAUGAAGAAGCAGUGACCUUCAUCAAAGAUAGACUUGAUGAACCGCAUUUUGGCGCCAAAAGUAUUGUUAUUGAAUCGUAUAAUCGUGGGUCGGUCGACAAUAUAACCGUAAUGGUGGUCACAUUUAAAGAUGGUCGCUAUCAAAUUGGUACCUCAAAGAAUUAAACAAAUAUAUACGUUAUCUUGCCAGAGUCUCUUACUCUCUAUCUAUUGGUUACUGUUUAGGUAAAUUAUAUAUUUAGAUCAGUUUGGAAUCGAUGGCAGCCGCAGAGUUUUUUGUUCUCUUUUUUUUAAGUUUUAACAAUUAUUUCCUUGAUUACAUUAAGCAUUUACCUUUUGGAGUAUUUAUGUAACACAAGUGUGUAACAUCACUUUUCAUCACAACACAUACAAUCGCAGUGCUUCAUGCGAAACAAACUCAUUCAAGUUUCAAACAAUUUUAUGUUUAUAUAUUAUUAUUUUUUUUUUGGAUAGGGAUCGACAAUUGAACGAGCAUCUACUCGAAUAAUUAUUACAAACGAACGAACGACUUUUUAGCCUUUUUGAUGUUUCAGAGAAGAAAUGCAUUGAUAUACACUAAUUAUUUAUUUACAGAAAACAGAAACAACACUAUUAAAUGUACAUAUUUUUAGAAAUUCUAUUUACACAUUUUAUUAGAUUAAAAAGAAAAGAAAAACAAUGCAAAAUUGUCACAAUCGAAAUUCAAACUAAUUUAAUUGAAUUAAAUAAAAUGGUAAAUAAGAACGAAA